AUGCAAGAAGACGAUAAAACAACACUCAGUUAUCCAUUUGCAUUAAUGUUGAAUAGUCAAACAGGUCGUCUCAAUCAUGAUAUGAAUAUAUUAAUUGAUCAAUAUACAAUGCUACCUGAAGAACAACGAAGAAAAUAUAAAACAGCCGGUUUAUCGUGGGGAAUUAGCACUCUGUUUCCUCGAGCAAAAUAUGAUCAAUUGCUUUUAUGUUCACGAUAUAUUGUUUUUCUUUUCACUCUUGACGAUUAUUACUGUUCAUUUAGUUUCGAAGAGAUAAAUUCAAUAUUUAAUGAUUUUGAACAAAUACUAAAUGGUCGGCAAAUGCCUAUUGAAAACGAUCCAACGCAAAAACAAUUAUUUCAAUUACGACAUGAAUUACUUCCGCAAGUAACUUCAGACUGGAUGCAACGGUUUAUUAAUGAUCUUAGAUUUCAUUUUGAUGGAAUGUUAAUGGAAUAUCAGUACGAUGGAUAUCCAUCAAUCACUGAUUAUGUAAAUAUUCGUGAAAGAUUAAGUGCAUGCGACUCUUUACAAGAUUUGAUUGAAUUACAGUGUGGAUUUUUUUUUUUCGGAAAAAGUUAUGCAGCAUCCAUUUAUGAAGCGAUUAAGACAAUUAACAAGACGAAUGACUGGAUUUUGCAACGAUUUUUAUUCAUGGCCCAAAGAAUUAAAACACGGAGAAAAAAUGAAUCUGAUUUUAAUUAUUCA